GCAUGGACCUGAGUGGUGGGCGGAGAGCGUCGCUGUCUCUGUGUGGCCGCCUCCGAGGGGCCCCGCCAUUUCAGUAUAGUCCUGAUCAUGUGGCUGGAAAAGGAGGCAGACCAGAUCCCUCAGAGAUUUCCUUCCCUGGCUGCAGCUGUCAUUCUGCAUCCUGUGUGGCUUCCAUUUGUUCAUGCCUUCGCUAUGGGGAAAACUAUAACAGUUUGUGCAUGAGCAGUGAAAGAAAUGAACUGGAUUUCUUCAAGCCUAUUUUUGAAUGCAACACUAUGUGCCAUUGUGGAGAGUUAUGCCAAAAUAGAGUAAUUCAGAGAGGCUUACAAUUUAGACUUGAAGUUUUUAAGACAGCUAAAAAGGGAUGGGGUCUUCAUACUUUGGAGUUCAUACCCAAAGGAAGAUUUGUAUGUGAAUACGCUGGGGAAAUACUAGGCUUUAAAGAAGCAUGUCGAAGAAUGCAGUUGCAGACACCAAGUGAUCCAAAUUAUAUUAUAGCACUAAAGGAACACUUGUGUGAUGGGCAGAUCAUGGAGACAUUUGUGGAUCCCACCUACAUUGGUAAUGUUGGAAGAUUCCUGAACCACUCUUGUGAACCAAAUCUCUUUAUGAUCCCUGUCCGAGUAGACUCAAUGGUCCCUAAGCUGGCACUUUUUGCUGACCGUGAUAUUUGUGCAAAUGAAGAACUUACAUAUGAUUAUUCUGGAAGAUACCAUAAUUUUUUGCCUGUUAAAGUUCAGGCCAACCUCCAACAAGGGGAAGAAUCUAAAAAGCCCUGUUACUGUGGGACCAAAAUGUGUACAGGUUUCUUGCCUUUUGAUAGUUCUUUAUUCCGCAACGAUGUAAGAAGCCAUAAUGAGGAAACAUUGUAAAAAUACAACAAUACACGAUCAGUUUAGACUUUUUCAACAUGGAUCUGUCCCAGUCUAAUAGCUGGAAAAGAAGAUGGAGGGAGAGAAAAGGAUGGCAAUAACAGAAAAGGGGUGGGCUUCCCUACUUUUGACUCUGGAGACACGUGCUACUGCCUUCAGCCCAAUCUGCAGCGAACUUGGACCCUGUAACAGAUAAACCAUGAGGAAUUUGUGCUGCUGACAGAGAAAAUAUAGCUCAGCUCUAUUCUAAAUAUUGCCUCAGCAGGUGUAUGCAGAGCAUAGAGAGCACAUGGUGCAAAUAGGUUCUUUCUUAUAUUUCUAAAUUGCUAUGCCUGCUGAAGUGGUUGGAUGUGCCCUUUUAUUAACAACUUGUGUGUCUUUUGUACCAGGCCACCAAUUGUAAUAAUCUAACUGCUCGGAACUAACACAGGAUUAAAAUUGGCUCAUGUAAUUCUUUGUACUCCAAUGGAAUUUCAAAAGACAUCCACAACUUGAAACACUUUUAUCUUGAAGCCAGAACCAUUUUUAUCCUGAGAACAUACUUCCAUAAAAUCAUAGCGUUGUAGAGUUGGAAGAGACCACAAGGGCCAUCCAGUCCAACCCCCUGCCAUGCAUGAAAUCACAAGCAAAGCAUCCCGGACAGAUAAGCAGUAUGUCCAUAUAACUAAGCAAGGCAUUGCUUUUAUGAAAAAAAAAUGAAUGCAACAUUAAUCAAUGGAGGUGGAAUAGACACAUAGCCAGGUAGUCCCAAGAAUCUAAGAUUGUUUUGGUUUUGGGCUAUCUAGAUUAUUGUCUUAUUGCCUUCUUCCUCCCUCCAAAAUUGUCACUGCUGCGGUCAUUUUUGAGGAAAAAACAACCACACAUGUAAAACUAGUUCCAGGAGCUUUUGUAAUUGUAUUAAUAGUUUUUCUCCUGUCUGUCCCUGAAUGAAUUUUCUGAAACAAUCACGUGUAAAUGAAAUAAAUUUUUGUUUAUCUAA